AAAAAAAAAAAAGCCAAAAAAAAAAAACAAACCAACAACAACAACACAUCGACAUGCGCCCAGAUUGAUCUUGGUCUUGCAUGGAAGGAGGGAAAAGAAGAGGAGCUGUUGAGCUUUACAAUUAAAGGAGCUCUCUUUCUAUUUGACAGCUUUUGGGCUUCAACCCCACUGUUGGGGAGAAGAAAAAAAGGGGGAUUUUUAAAAAUAGCUUGGGAAGUCAUGAUCAAGGAGGCUAACAUUCUGCCUUGGCUACAGUGGGACCAAUGUUUUGUGAUCUGACAGCAUAACCUCUAUUGGCAGGCAAGUCUGGAAUUGAUAAUUGAUGUUCUAAAGAAGAUAAGGACCUUUUUUCCCCCUUACUGGGGACUAUCCAUUUUGGGGGUAACAUGUGAAGAUAUAUGUAUUCAGGCAUGUGGAAAUAUUAAUAUUAGGUUGUCAAACAUCUGAGAAGUUUGGUGUUUUGUUUUUUCCUAUUCAUCUGUCCUGUCUCCACCACCAAAAGAAUCUGAAGGAUUGUUGCAUUUGGGAGUGGAAGCAUCUGCUGACUCAUUCAUUGAACCAACAGCCCAUAUCUUCUACCUAAGUGAUCAGCAUUUUUUUUCUUUGUUCUUGAUAAAGUUUUUAGCACAUUUCCUCAAGGUGUAUUUACAUCUUGGCCUGGAAGUUCUGUGGCUAUACUAUACUACUAGGGCCGACAUUUUCCAGUGGGGUAGAAAAUAUAGAGAGGUUGAGAGGUUUUUGAAAAAAAAAGAAAAAAAGAGGGUUUCAGGUAAAGGAGUGAGCAUUCCUACUCCAGCCAUUGUCUUUACUAUUCCUGCCACUUUUUAUUCCCUGAUACCCUCCCUAAUUCCACCUUAGGGUGUCCAGGAAGAUUUUGAACCUGUCCACCCCUGUGUCUCCGCGCCGCACCCCAGCCCCGAGCAUGGGGACGGCGCUGCUACAGCGUGGGGGCUGCUUCCUUGUAUGCCUCUCACUAUUACUUUUGGGGUGCUGGGCAGAAUUGGGCAGUGGGCUGGAGUUCCCAGGGGCUGAUGGCCAAUGGACGCGAUUCCCUAAGUGGAAUGCCUGCUGUGAGAGUGAGAUGAGUUUCCAGCUGAAGACCCGAAGUGCCCGGGGCCUAGUUCUCUAUUUUGAUGAUGAAGGUUUCUGUGACUUCUUGGAGCUGAUCCUUACCAGAGGUGGCCGGCUGCAGCUCAGCUUUUCAAUCUUCUGUGCUGAGCCUGCAGUACUCUUGUCAGAUACACCAGUCAAUGAUGGCACUUGGCACACAGUGCGGAUUCGCCGUCAAUUUCGAAACACAACUUUGCUCAUCGACCAAACAGAGGCCAAGUGGGUGGAGGUCAAGUCAAAGCGACGUGAUAUGACAGUAUUUAGUGGCCUCUUUGUGGGUGGCCUGCCUCCAGAACUACGGGCUGCAGCACUCAAGUUGACAUUGGCCUCAGUGAGGGAGCGAGAACCCUUCAAAGGGUGGAUUCGUGAUGUGCGGGUGAACUCAUCCCAGGCCUUGCCAGUGGAGAGUGGCGAGGUGAAACUGGAGGAUGAGCCUCCCAGUAGUGGUGGGGGGAGCCCGUGUGAGGUUGGGGAGGAGGGCGAGGGAGGCGUGUGCCUCAAUGGAGGGGUCUGCUCCGUGGUCGAUGACAAAGCGGUGUGUGACUGCUCCCGAACUGGCUUCCGCGGCAAGGACUGCAGCCAAGAAGACAACUAUGUGGAAGGUCUGGCGCACCUGAUGAUGGGCGACCAAGGUAAAAGUAAAGGAAAAGAAGAAUAUAUUGCAACCUUCAAAGGAUCAGAGUACUUCUGCUAUGACUUGUCCCAAAAUCCCAUACAAAGCAGCAGCGACGAAAUAACCUUGUCAUUUAAAACUCUUCAGAGGAAUGGACUGAUGCUUCACACAGGGAAAUCAGCUGAUUAUGUCAAUCUUGCCUUGAAAAAUGGAGCCGUCUCCCUGGUCAUUAAUUUAGGAUCAGGGGCCUUUGAAGCACUGGUGGAACCCGUGAACGGAAAGUUUAAUGACAAUGCCUGGCAUGAUGUGAAAGUAACCAGGAAUCUGCGUCAGCACUCAGGCAUUGGACACGCUAUGGUAAACAAACUACAUUGUUCGGUGACAAUAUCAGUGGAUGGAAUUCUUACCACAACGGGCUACACCCAAGAAGACUAUACCAUGCUGGGUUCUGAUGACUUUUUCUAUGUUGGAGGCAGUCCCAGCACAGCAGACCUCCCAGGGUCACCAGUCAGUAACAACUUUAUGGGCUGCCUCAAGGAGGUUGUAUAUAAAAAUAAUGAUGUCAGGUUGGAAUUAUCUCGGCUUGCCAAACAAGGAGAUCCUAAGAUGAAGAUACAUGGAGUAGUGGCGUUUAAAUGUGAGAAUGUCGCAACAUUGGACCCAAUCACCUUUGAGACACCAGAGUCUUUCAUCUCUCUCCCAAAAUGGAACGCCAAGAAAACAGGCUCCAUAUCAUUUGACUUCCGCACCACAGAACCUAAUGGGCUUAUCCUCUUUAGCCACGGCAAGCCAAGACACCAAAAGGAUGCCAAAAACCCCCAAAUGGUAAAAGUUGACUUCUUUGCUAUUGAAAUGCUGGAUGGCCAUCUCUACCUAUUGUUGGAUAUGGGAUCAGGUACUAUCAAAAUAAAAGCUUUGCAAAAGAAGGUGAAUGAUGGAGAAUGGUAUCAUGUGGACUUUCAGAGAGAUGGACGGUCAGGUACCAUUUCUGUCAACACAUUACGGACACCCUACACAGCUCCAGGAGAAAGUGAGAUCCUAGACCUGGAUGAUGACCUCUACCUUGGGGGUUUGCCAGAAAACAAGGCAGGCCUCAUUUUCCCAACCGAAGUGUGGACUGCUCUUCUCAACUAUGGCUACGUGGGCUGCAUCAGGGAUUUGUUUAUUGAUGGUCAGAGCAAAGAUAUUCGACAAAUGGCUGAGGUUCAAAGCACUGCUGGAGUCAAGCCUUCUUGCUCAAGAGAAACAGCAAAGCCAUGCCUUAGCAACCCAUGUAAAAACAAUGGCAUGUGUAGGGAUGGGUGGAACAGAUAUGUCUGUGAUUGUUCUGGGACAGGCUACCUUGGCAGGUCCUGUGAGAGAGAGGCAACUGUCUUGAGUUAUGAUGGAAGUAUGUUUAUGAAAAUCCAACUUCCUGUGGUAAUGCACACAGAAGCAGAGGAUGUGUCUUUAAGGUUCCGAUCCCAGCGGGCCUAUGGCAUUCUAAUGGCAACCACAUCUAGAGAUUCUGCAGAUACUCUCCGCUUAGAGCUCGAUGCAGGGCGUGUGAAACUGACGGUCAACCUAGAUUGUAUCAGGAUUAACUGUAAUUCCAGCAAAGGUCCCGAGACCCUUUUUGCUGGCUAUAACCUCAAUGAUAAUGAGUGGCACACAGUGCGUGUGGUUCGACGAGGAAAAAGUUUAAAGUUAAUGGUGGAUGACCAGCAAGCCAUGACAGGCCAAAUGGCAGGAGAUCACACAAGGCUGGAAUUCCACAACAUAGAAACUGGAAUCAUAACAGAGCGGCGUUAUCUGUCCUCUGUCCCCUCCAAUUUCAUUGGCCACCUACAAAGCCUGACUUUUAAUGGAAUGGCAUAUAUUGACUUGUGUAAAAAUGGCGACAUAGACUACUGUGAGCUAAAUGCCAGAUUUGGCUUCAGAAACAUCAUAGCAGAUCCUGUCACUUUCAAGACCAAAUCAAGUUAUGUUGCCUUAGCUACAUUGCAAGCAUACACCUCUAUGCAUCUUUUUUUCCAAUUCAAGACAACAUCCCUAGAUGGAUUGAUUUUAUACAAUAGUGGCGAUGGAAAUGACUUUAUCGUGGUUGAAUUAGUUAAAGGGUACUUGCAUUAUGUCUUUGACUUGGGAAAUGGUGCUAACCUCAUCAAAGGGAGCUCAAAUAAGCCACUGAAUGACAACCAGUGGCAUAACGUAAUGAUCUCCAGAGACACCAACAAUCUCCACACAGUCAAGAUCGAUACCAAAAUCACCACCCAAAGCACAGCAGGAGCCAGGAAUUUAGAUCUAAAAAGCGACUUGUAUAUAGGAGGAGUCGCCAAAGAAAUGUACAAAUCAUUGCCAAAAUUAGUCCAUGCCAAGGAAGGUUUUCAAGGCUGCCUGGCAUCAGUGGAUUUAAAUGGACGGCUCCCUGACCUCAUCUCUGAUGCUCUUUUUUGCAAUGGACAGAUAGAAAGAGGAUGUGAAGGGCCCAGUACAACUUGCCAAGAGGACUCCUGUUCCAAUCAAGGCGUAUGCUUGCAGCAGUGGGAUGGAUUCAGCUGUGACUGCAGCAUGACCUCUUUCAGUGGCCCACUAUGCAAUGACCCUGGAACAACAUAUAUCUUUAGCAAAGGUGGUGGACAAAUCACAUACAAAUGGCCUCCUAAUGACCGGCCCAGUACACGUGCAGACAGACUGGCCAUAGGGUUUAGCACGGUUCAGAAAGAAGCUGUAUUGGUACGAGUGGACAGUUCUUCAGGGCUCGGUGACUACUUAGAGCUACAUAUUCACCAGGGAAAGAUUGGAGUUAAAUUUAAUGUCGGAACAGAUGACAUCGCCAUUGAAGAGGCCAAUGCAAUCAUUAAUGAUGGGAAAUACCAUGUAGUACGUUUCACGAGGAGUGGUGGUAACGCUACGUUACAGGUGGACAGCUGGCCAGUGAUCGAGCGUUAUCCCGCAGGAAACAAUGAUAACGAGCGCCUGGCGAUUGCUAGACAGCGAAUUCCAUAUCGACUUGGUCGAGUAGUUGAUGAAUGGCUACUCGACAAAGGGCGUCAGCUCACAAUCUUCAAUAGCCAAGCAACCAUUAUAAUUGGCGGGAAAGAGCAGGGCCACCCCUUCCAGGGCCAACUGUCUGGUCUUUACUACAAUGGCUUGAAAGUUCUGAAUAUGGCAGCCGAAAAUGAUGCCAACAUCGCGAUAGUGGGAAAUGUGAGACUGGUUGGUGAAGUGCCUUCCUCUAUGACAACUGAGUCAACAGCCACAGCCAUGCAGUCUGAGAUGUCCACAUCCAUUAUGGAAACCACCACCACCCUGGCUACCAGCACAGCCAGAAGAGGAAAGCCCCCUACAAAAGAACCCAUUAGCCAGACCACAGAUGACAUCCUUGUGGCUUCUGCUGAAUGUCCCAGUGAUGAUGAGGACAUUGAUCCCUGUGAGCCGAGCUCAGGUGGGUUAGCCAACCCGACCAGAGCAGGUGGGAGAGACUACCCAGGCUCUGCAGAAGUGAUCCGAGAAUCCAGCAGCACGACAGGCAUGGUCGUUGGGAUCAUAGCCGCUGCGGCCCUGUGUAUCCUCAUCCUCCUUUACGCCAUGUACAAGUACAGAAACCGAGACGAAGGUUCAUACCAUGUAGAUGAGAGUCGAAACUACAUCAGUAAUUCAGCACAGUCCAAUGGGGCGGUCGUGAAGGAGAAACAGCCUAACAGUGCUAAAAGUUCCAACAAAAACAAGAAAAACAAGGAUAAAGAGUAUUAUGUCUGAUCCUGACAUCCCAAAAGGACACUUGUAUAGAAAUAGUCUUCAUUUUAUCUGAGACAUAAUACAAACUUAUUUACUUUCCUUUUUACGAAGCACAUACAAAAGAAGACAGGGAAUGCAAUCAGGAAGGAAAGACUGUUUUUAAAAACAAGUAUCUCAUGCUCUUGUUUCUCCAGAAAGCAGGGGCUGAUUAAUUCCCUAACAUCCACAGUGUUUUCAUUUACUCUGCCUGUCUUUAUGUUGCUGGAACAUUUCUAAAAGACAGUGAUGACCCCACGCAUUCAUAAAGCAAAGGAGUAUUAUCACAUCAAGGCACAAUACAAAUCAAAACAAAACAAAAUUAAAAAAAAAAAAAAGAAGCUACCUAUGAUUCCGGAUUUAGCCAAAGUGCUAGCGCUUUCUUGAGAAGGGAGUCUUAUUGCCAGAGAAGACUCUUGCCAUUCGGUCUGACUCAACAUGCAAACCUUAGAGAGUUUGCUGCCUCGUGCACCAGGAGCAGUGAUUGGAGCUUGCAUUGGAGACGAAGUGCUGGCUUUUUUGAAGACUUGUGUUAGAACACUUUCAAAAAGCCCCUUUCUGGUUGUAAGGGAAAAAAAAAGUAUGGAGGCCUUAUUUUCCAGUAUGUGAAAUAUAAGGCACAUUUUCACACUAAAAUUAAAACAAAACAAAAACAAGAGGGCAUAGAUGCAAUCAUUUGGGAAAUUUUCAUGCACGCUUAAUAUGUUAUUACAUAUGUUUAUAUAAAACACAUCUAUGUGUGCUUUCUGGACUGUGAUAAGUGAUGUUUUAUAGCCUGUUGUAUAGACAAUGCAAUCUAUAUCUCUGCUCUUCAGCCAUUUUUGGUCGAUUCAAUGUUAUAAGUGUUGCUAGGUAUAGAGAGUUUAUGACAUCUGGAGCACCAAAUCUAUUUCAGUUUUUUUGCUGC